GCCAGGGCGACUUGGAAAUGUUUCCAUGGCGUGUGGGAGAAAUGAGAGACAGUACUGUCUAUAAAACUGAUGAGUUUUAUCCCUCCGAAACGAAAGAGACAGUGAGUCACAGUGAGUUUCAGCAUCUAUUCGAGGUAAACCAUGAUGUUCCCCAUCGCGGAGUUCCAGUACUUAACCGGAGCCCAGCAAACCUACCGUAUCCUCAAGCCUUGGUGGGACGUCUUCAACGAUUACAUAUCGGUGGUAAUGCUGAUGAUCGCCGUGUUUGGCGGCACGCUGCAGAUCACUCAGGACAAGAUGAUUUGCCUGCCGUGCAAGCGUGCGGCCAACGAAUCCUGCCAGGCGGCGGCCAGGGUCCCGCAUUCGGCGGGGCAGUCGCGGGGCAUUCAGAACGAGCUGGACCGCCACCAGUACAGCUACAUCGACGCCGUGUGCUACGAGAACGAGCUGCACUGGUUCGCCAAGUACUUCCCUUACUUGGUGCUGCUCCACACACUCAUCUUCCUGGCCUGCAGCAACUUCUGGUUCAAGUUUCCGCGCACAAGCUCUAAGCUGGAGCACUUUGUCUCAAUCCUGCGGAAGUGUUUCGACUCGCCUUGGACCACCCGGGCUUUGUCCGAGACGGUGGCGGAGGAGCGAGACUCCAAGUCGCCUCGAGGGAAGAAUAACAACAACAGCUCGGUGGACAGGAACCCGUCGGUGCUGGCUGCCGAGGACGUGGAGGCCAGCGUGCCGGCGGUUCAGCGGAUAAAAAGCCGCAUCGAGCUAGGGCUCUUGGAUCAGACGGACGCCGGGGUUCUGGACAAAAAGGAAGGGGAACAGGCCAAGGCGCUUUUUGAGAAGGUGAAGAAGUUCAGGAUCCACGUGGAGGAAAGUGACUCCAUCCACGGUCUGUACAUGUUUCAGACCCUGAUCAAAGUGGUGAUGUUUUUGCUGAUCAUCAGCUACGCCAGCUAUUACGUGGGCUACAUCCGCUUCAGCGUGGUGUGCGAGGCGGAGACGGAGAAUCUGACUGGCUUCGGCACAUUCUACUGCGCCCACCCGCUGGCCACGCUCCUGAAAAUCCUGACCUCCUUCUAUAUCAGCCUGGUGCUGGUGUAUGGCCUGAUCGCCAUGUACUCGCUGUGCUGGAUGCUGCGGCGGACACUCAAGCUGUACUCCUUCGAGGCCGUUCGCGAGGAAAGCCGCUACAGCGACAUCCCCGACCUGAAGAAUGACUUUGCCUUCAUGCUGCACAUGCUGGACCAGUACGACCCGCUCUACUCCAAGCGCUUGGCAGUCUUCCUGUCGGAGGUGAGCGAGAACAAGCUGCGGCAGCUCAACCUCAACAAUGAAUGGACGGCGGAGAAGCUGCGGCAGCACAUCUCCGAGAACUCCCAGAAGAAGGUGGAGCUCCACCUCUGCAUGUUAAGCGGCAUUCCCGAAACCGCCUUCGACCUGCUGGAGCUGGAGGCCCUCAAGAUGGAGUUCAUCACCAACGUCACCAUUCCGCCCAUCGUAGCCAAGCUGUCCAACCUGCGCGAGCUGCGCCUCUACCACACACCGGCCAAAAUCGAGUCGGCCGCCCUGACCUUCCUCCAGGAGAAAAUCAAGUGCCUGCACGUCAAAUUCGCCGACAUCAAGGAGAUCCCUCUGUGGAUUUACAGCCUUAAGAACCUCAACGAGCUGCACCUGACCAGCAACUGUUACAUCGUCCCCGACCGGCUGCGGGAGCUCAAGAAACUGAAGGUCCUCCGUCUUAAGAACAACCUGCACAAGCUGCCUCAGGUGGUGACCGACCUCAGCCCGCACCUCCAGAAGCUGUCCAUCAACAACGAGGGCACCAAACUUUUAGUGCUCAACAACAUGAACAAGAUGGUCAACCUGAUCGAACUGGAGCUGGUGCGCUGCGACCUGGAGCGCAUUCCCCACUGCAUCUUCAGCCUGCACAACCUGCAGCAGAUCAACCUGAAGGACAACAACCUGAAGACAGACGACGAGAUCGCCGGCCUGGAGCUCCUGCGCCAGCUGGUGUGCCUCAAGCUGUGGUACAACCAGAUCGCCUACAUCCCCAUUCAGAUCGGCAGCCUGGCCAACCUGGACAAGCUCUAUCUCAACAAGAACAAGAUCGAGAAACUGCCAACCCAGCUCUUCCUCUGUCACAAGUUGCGCCUCUUAGACUUGAGUCACAACAACCUGACCGGCAUACCGCCCCACGUGGGCUCGCUCCAGAAACUCCAGCACUUUGCCGUCGCUGAAAACAGAAUCGAGAAGCUGCCGGUGGAGCUUUUCAUGUGCAAGAAGCUUCGCGUGCUUCAACUCACCAACAACUGUCUGGAGACGCUACCGUCUCGCGUAGGGGAGCUGGUGGACCUGACCCUGCUGGAGCUGCGCGGCAACGACUUUGUGGUCCUGCCGCCUGAGCUGGGCGAGUGUCGUCGUCUGCAGCGCAGCGGCCUGGUGGUGGAAGACAAGCUGUUUAACACGCUGCCGCCCAAGAUCAAGGAUCAGCUGAUGGGGAUCGUCAGAGAGAGAGCGUGACGCCCAUUUUUUAUAAUUUUUAAUUUUUUUUAUUGCCUUGCUGAGGUAAGUUUAGUUUUUUUCCGCUGUGGCUUGAGAGUCGCAGGUGGACAUUUAGAAGGUUUAAAUGUUCCAAUUUAUUUCCAAUGUAUUUCUGGUUUGGCCUCGAACACUCAAAAGUCCAUUGUUGGUGCGCCGCCCGCCCCGGGCUCUGUGCCGAGGCCCUUUUUUUUCCCCUGUCGAUUGUUACGAGGACUUUUUCUUCUCGUGUGUUGUCACCACUGAAAAUAGCAAAGCUCGUUAUGUCCAUUUGCUUUGUGACGCGUUGGCUUUUCUUUCUCGGUGGAUGUGUUUUCUUAGAAUGUCUUUUUGAACUCCUUCCUACUUUCAACAGAGGAUUGGAAUUAGGAACUAGAGAUGUUCCGAUCUGAUCACGUGAUCGGAAAUCGGGCCGAUUGCGCCAUUUUUCAAAGGAUCAGAAUCGGGUGAAAAGGAUCGGGUUUUUAAUUUGAAUAAAUAUAUAUAUUUCUUUUAUUUUUUUACCUCAUGCUCGUACGGCCUCCCACUCUCCCGCCUGCUUUUUUUGGUCAGCAGAGUAGCCGGAGUUUGCUAGUUAAAGUUAACAGUGAUUGACAGGUUUGUAACUUUGA